AUGUUGAUUGGAGUUGUGAUCGGAAGUACCAGAAAGCCUCGCUGCUGCCCACAGAUCGCAGAGUUCAUCGUUCAUACGAUUAAAAACUCGCUGACUUAUAAACAGCUGGAAGAGAAACCUGAAUUGAGACUUGUGGAUAUCGACGACUGGAAUUUACCUUUGUACAACGAGUCAAAAAUUCCAUCACAGGUGCAAAACUAUCAAGAUUACGAUCAUGAGCAUACCAGGCAAUGGAGUCUAGAAAUCCAAAAAUAUAAUGCGUUCAUUUUCGUCGCCCCACAGUACAAUUGGGGCUACCCUGCGGCUUUAAAAAACGCUUUGGACUACUUGUUCAACGAGUGGAGGGCAAAACCGGCAGCUGUGGUAUCUUAUGGUGGUCAUGGAGGCAUCAAAUGCAGCGAACAAUUGCGCGUGGUUCUUCAAGGUCUGCGCAUGAUCCCCACCGAGAACAAAGUUCUACUUUCUUUCGCAGAUCGCAGUGUGCUCACCAAAGCCACAAUUGGGUCUCCUAUGAAUUUGUUAGAGUCACCCGAAAGCUCUUUUGCUGCAGAGGAAGUAGCCCAGAUCGAGACAACGUUUUCUGAGCUCUGCCAACUCAUGAAGAAAAAAACAGAACCUUGA